CUCAACACAAAUAUAAAAGUGCCUUUGAAAAAGACAUGAUGAAUUAUGGCAAAGGCCUGAGGCAAGAAGACAAUCAGAAACCAUUUCCCCUCAAAGAAAAUUCAGUUGCUGCCUUAUCUGAGCCAUCAGCAAAGGUUUCUGAUGUUUCACUGGGUGAUUUUGAUACGCUUUGCAUUCAUGGUUGUCACACAGUAACAGACAGAAUUGUAACUAAAUUUAUAGAUGAUGCAGUUAAAGAAUAUAAGAAGAUUAAAAGAAAACACAGAUCAAAAGCAGACAAGAUACUUCAUUUAUCUCCAGAGACUUCUCCAACCACUUUGCCUCUACUUUUAAAAAUCCUUGAUGCUGGUGUUUUUGGAAGCUCUGAAGAUUUUGAUCAGCCUAAUUCUGACCAAAACCUGCUGAUGAGACAGACACAAAAGCAACACUUGUACAAAUUAGACCAGUGGCACUCAGCUCCUUGGAAGAAAACUGUGGAAGUCCCUCUUGUGAUACCACAUAACAGUUCUUACGUUAAAAAUUUGUCUGCAUAUGCUGUGGAAGAAUUAUGGACCCCAGAGAACAUAAAAUCAAAUUUCAGGAACAUCAACAUGCCAAAGUACUUGGAAUACAGUGAUCUCCCAGGGAAUGAUUUGGAAGCACAGAGCAAGAGGAUGUAUAAUCAGGUUAUAUUUGAUUUGAGCCAUGAGUUGCUGUGUGCAGAAUAUCAAGUGACUGCAAAGCCAAACAUCUUUCCAUGGAUGGAAAAAGUGGGAUCUCCCUGUUGCAGGCAUCUCUGCAGCAGGACAGAUGUCAGUGAUGUCAAGACGUUUGUUCAGGGUGAAAUUAUUAAAAUAAUGAACCUGGAAAAGAAUGACUUAGAAAUGAAAAGAAAAUUCCUAAAUAUGACCAAGUAUGGAAACUGUAAGAGAGACAGAGUGGACCUUAUUCUGAUCCAGGAGCUCCGCAAAGAAGAAUCUCAGUGGACUUUCUAUGGUGAUGAUGAAUUAAGAGUGAAGAUGAGGAUGACUGAAGCCAUAUUCGAUAGCUUGAUCCUUGAUACAAUCAGAGUUCUUAAUCAGAUUUAUCUGAAAAAAGCCUCUUUGACAGGUGACUGUGCACCAUCUUUUCUCUUUUAAUCCACUGUGGAACUGGUUAAAAGGAGAUGGCUUCAGAGAGCUGGCACAGGGAAUGGCAGGACCUGGAGCCAGACAAUCGGGUUAAAUGUCUAUCAUUUUAUGCAAAUGAGGCAAAUACUGAUGUGAUGCACUUUAAAUUGGAAAUAUUUCUAUCAGCACCUUCAAUUCCUAACAAUUAGAUGUGUGCCUGUAAUUGGGUUAUUUAUCAUGCAAUUCACAGGAGCCCAUUUUUACAAUAUCUAAAUGUGGGGUGCUGAGAAUGUACUUUAACAGACAAAAAGAGGAAAUCAAUACUCUUUUUGUAUAGGCAAAACUGGGGGAAAAAAAAUCAAGAUUUUGACAAGGAAAUAGAAGCAUUUCCUCAGCAUGGUAAUUGUUCACAAUGCUAAUUGCUGUGGUCCCACCUAUUUUGUACUGAGAAAAUCAAAUUUUUGUUAGUUCUUUUUAAAAUAAAUGCUGUGCAAAUAUUUCGUACUGGAAUUCAGGAACUGUUUAUU